AUGUGGAAAAAGUGCUUUGUACAUCAGGCUACACCAUUUCUUGCUGGCCUUGCUGUAGCUGCUGCAGCACUUGCAGGCAGGUAUGGCAUCCAAGCUUGGCAAGCAUUCAAGGCACGACCCCCACAACCCAGAAUGCGUAGGUUCUAUGAUGGUGGUUUCCAACCUACAAUGACGAGGAGAGAAGCAGCUCUAAUAUUAGGCAUCAGGGAAAAUGCAACUGCUGACAAGGUGAAAGAAGCACAUAGAAGAGUAAUGGUUGCAAACCAUCCUGAUGCAGGUGGAAGUCAUUACCUUGCUUCCAAAAUAAAUGAAGCAAAAGAUGUCAUGCUGGGGAAGGCAAAGGGAAGUGGAUCUGCAUUUUAA